AAGUCAAUAUAUAAGAAGGUGUUUUUGAGCACAAGGUUAGUCUGGACCACACUCAGGUUUAUUGCUGUAUUGACUUUGACUCUUUCUCAUUUGAUUCUGCAGACUCCAGAGUAUUUUUCUGAGUAUAUUUUGGAGACUUCAGCAGGUAUAAGUGUAAAUUAGACUUCCUCCACCAGCUUGUUUAAUAUUUGAGGAGGACCUUCUGGUUUCCACUGCUGCGUAAACACAAAGACGCCUUCUAGAAGAGUUUUGGGAAGCCUGUUUGUCUGAAGAUGGUGAAACUGAAGACAGGGUCUCUCUGGUUCCUCGCUGCCUUCCUCUUCCUGUCCACUGUUCCCACAGUGGCUGAGGUGCUACAUGCAUUUUCUUUGUGUGAAGGGUUUCUCCUUCAGGGAAAUCCGCCACAGAUCCCAGGCAUCGUAGUCGGCAAGAACAUCCAGAAACAGAACCGAUACAAACUCAUUUGCCAGACUUACAAUAAUGUGAGAAGGUAUCUGACGCUCUACGACACCAGGAACAGGAUUCCAGUGUUUUCUGCUUACGUGUACAGAGGGGACGAAGGAGGGGCAAGACCUCAAGGGCAACUCUGGAAUAUAGAGCCACAGCUGGAUGAUGAAAAGAAAGACGAAAACAACAAGAACAUGGCGGAAGUAGAGGCAAGAAAAGUCUACCCCCACCAGGCCGGGGAAAUAGAUUAUGCUCAAGGUCCACAGUAUAACAGGGGCCAUUUAUUUCCAAGUACUCAUGCGUUCAAUCAAGAUGAAAAAAUAUCCACCUUCACCCUGACCAACGUCGCUCCACAAAUAACAGCAUUCAAUGGGGAAAGCUGGGGCAGAAUGGAGAGGUGUGUCAAAUGUGUUAUGCAGAGAUACUGCGCGGACAACAAUGGUCGUAGACAAGCCUUUCUGGUGGUGGGAGCACAACCCGGCAACAACAAUCUCAAUGGCAGGGUUAAUAUUCCCACCCAGCUCUGGUCUGCCUUCUGCUGCUUCAGUGCCGAGAGCAACGCGUGGAUAGCGAGUGCGUUCUGGGGCAACAAUGUAGCAGAUACACGUCCAAACCAACAUAUGCGCACCAGGACCCUGAGAGAGCUCAAUGGUAACCUGAGAAUUGAUGCGUUUACUAACAGUAGGUGUCCUCUCGACACAACUGUUACUGGGCUUUACCCACAAUUUGCAAACCAACGUGGCUGCGAUUGCCCAACCUGAAUUUAAUCAUGUAUGCCCUUCCCAUUUCAAGCUCUGCCCCUUUCACUCCCACAUCUGGCCCUCUAGCUUCUACAUUGGGCAUCAAUCUUAUAUUGUAGCCUACCCCACUGCCCCCUUUUUCUUUUAAGCUUCAAUCUGAGCAAAUUAUUUACAUUUUACUGUACUAUACUUUUAGUGUAAUUUCAUUUGUUACAAUGAUAGGACACUGGAUGAGUGUCCUUUGAAUGGCUUCAGAUGGAAGACACAAAGUAAAUGUACAUGAUUUGUAAAAUGUGAAUGAAAUAAACUGCAGAACAGCCUGACUGCAAA